CUACCAUUCACCCACUUUCUCUCUCUACACUUAUUAUAUAGAGAGAGAUUAGAGAGAGAGAGAAAUUAAAGGAAAAAAAUGACUCUCGCUCUUCAAUUCAUUCUCUUCGUGCUCUUCUCAUUUAUCGCACUCUCUUUUUCUCUCUCUUCUCCUCCAUCGAACACGAUCGUCUCAGACCCUGAAUUCGUAGUACAAGAAGUCGAAAGGAGUUUAUACAAUGCUUCCCGUAGAGGAUUGGGAUAUUUGUCCUGCGGGACGGGAAAUCCCAUCGACGACUGCUGGCGGUGCGACCGGCAUUGGGACCGGCACCGCCAGCGGCUGGCCGACUGUGCAAUCGGGUUCGGGCGCAAUGCCNCGAUCGGGUUCGGCCGCAAUGCCGUCGGCGGCCGCGACGGCGAUGUCUACGUCGUCACCGACGGCUCCGACGACGACCCCGUGAACCCCCGGCCCGGCACGCUCCGCUACGCCGUCAUUCGGGACGAGCCCCUCUGGAUCGUGUUCGCACACGACAUGACGGUCAGGUUGAAGGAGGAGCUGAUCAUGAACUCGUACAAGACCAUCGACGGCCGCGGCGCAAGCGUGCACAUCGCCGGCGGGCCCUGCAUCACAAUCCAAUACGUCACGAAUAUUAUCAUUCACGGCAUAAACAUACACGAUUGUCGGCCGGGGGGGAACGCUUAUGUGCGAGACUCGCCGGGGCACUACGGGUGGCGGACGCGGUCGGACGGGGACGGCAUUUCGAUAUUCGGGGGGUCGCACGUGUGGAUCGACCACUGCAGCCUCUCGGCGUGCACCGACGGGCUCAUCGACGCGAUACACGGGUCGACGGCGAUCACGGUGUCGAACAACUACAUGUCGCGGCACGACAAGGUGAUGCUGCUCGGGCACAGCGACGAGCUCGUCGCCGACAAGCAUAUGCAGGUCACCAUCGCCUUCAACCACUUCGGCGAAGGGCUCGUGCAGCGGAUGCCCCGGUGUCGGCACGGGUACUUCCACGUGGUGAACAACGACUACACGCACUGGGAGAUGUACGCGAUCGGCGGCAGCGCCGCCCCCACCAUCAACAGCCAAGGCAACCGGUUCUCGGCCCCCGACAACGAACGAGCCAAGGAGGUGACUAAGCGUGAGUUUGCGUCGGAGAGCGAAUGGAAGGACUGGAACUGGCGAUCGGAGGGCGACCUGAUGCUGAACGGCGCCUUCUUCACGCCCUCGGGCGCGGGUGCCUCGUCGAGCUACGCCAGGGCGUCGAGCCUGGGCGCCCGGCCGUCGUCCCUCGUCGGCGCGAUCACCGUGUCGGCCGGCGCACUCUCGUGCAAGAAGGGGUCGCGGUGUUGAAAAAGAAAAUACGCAAAAUAAUAUUUGAUCAUAUAUAAUUAAGAAGAGAUGAUUUGAGUUUGAUAGUGAUUAAUGGGCACUUAAUUGGGCUUUUUUUACUAUUUUUAUUUUUAUUUUUAUUUUUUACUUUUUUAAAAAAUUUUAAAUGGUCCAACCUCGGCCUGUUGUUCUUUCUUUUCCUGAUUUGGAUUGGAUGAAGUGUGAAAUCCUUUUGGGGUCAGAAAAGGAGCAGGUCCUGAUGUGUUGAUAUAUUUAGUACUGAAUAUUAUAUUACGAUUGAUGAGAAUUUUACUGAAUAUUAUGUUACGAUUGAUGAGAA